AUGACGCUGAGGACGCGCUCUUAUUCCGUCGUCACCGCAGCGGCAGUGGUAGCACACCCCACAACAACGCUAGCUAUGAGGACGCUCGUGGAGGCUGGUGUGGUUGGCAAUGGAGAGGAGUUUCGGGGGUUCAAGGGGAGUGGUGGGUUGGCGCUGGUGAAGGGCUGUUGGGGGAACCACUGCUAUGUCUUCCCUUGGGUCUCAUUCUCGAUCUCGCUCUCAAAAAGAUAUUUCGGAGGAAAAACCGCCAAUCCGCGUCGACGCGGACGACGUGAACAACCACGACACCCCCACUCGCUGCCUCCGCCUGCAUAUUCUCCUCGUCCUGCCCAGGUCGCGAUGCUGAGUGGCAGGCGAGUACGCUCAGCAGGCUCGGGUUCAUGCUCUAGCUUUGCUGAGGUAGCUCUCGGUGGACAAGACGGUGGUGAAAACGGUGAAUUUACAUUGUAUUACGGCGCCCGUGACCCUCUGCUGAAUUACUGUGUUAUCGUGAUUUUGAGUGUUCUGCGUUCUCAACCACUAUGUCAUCCGGGCCUUGGAACGUGGUGGGGGCCCGUUGACUACAGCCAUGAACAUGUACACUGGUUCGCCUCGAUUCUGGAUGUAUUCGCAGCCUUCUCUAAACGUUCAGUCAAGAUUAACUUACAAUAUUCCAUCAUUGGCAAAUACAUUCAUCCUGAUCUCUUCUUCCUAUUCUCUCCGUCGUCAGCCUCGUCCAGUCAUCCGUUCGCCCCGAGGUUCCGCGACGCCGGCCUCAGACAUCCCAAUGAUUCCUCUUCCCUUACUGGCGCUCUCGCCCGCACAGUCAUCCUCAACCUCGGUGCCCAGAACGACCUAAGUGUUGAUCUUUUGUCCCUCUCACCGACCGGUGUCAAGUGCCUCCACGCUGCUACCCGUAACGCCACCGACUUCAAAACCGUCGCCUACGCAGGCCAGCGGCUAUUUGUAUUCCAGAACGUGCCGACAUCGUGGACAAAAUCGGACAUACCGCAGUCGUCUACAGCCAGCGUCGCCGAUUCCGCCACUACCCACCACUACUGCAAGUAA